AUGGCGGAUAUAAAGGUGAAAUGUCAACAUUCUCAGACAUGUACUUCCACAUCGUCGAUUACAUGUGAUGAAUGUCACUUAAAUUUUUGUCGUAAACAUAGUCUGGAGCAUAUCGAAAAACAUGAAAUAAUUGUUCGUGAAAAAUUACAGCAGUUAAUGGACGAAACAAAUGCAUUCAAAUCAUGUUUGAAUACGAUUCAAAAUGAGACGAUGAAUGCACAAUUGCCACUGGAAAAAUGGAAAGACAGUCUGAUUGAACAAAUUGAAGAUAUUUACAAGAGAAAAUCACACGAAAUAGCUGAAAUACAGAAAAAAAUUGUAAAAAACAUUGAUCAAAUGAAUUCAAAAUUGAACAAUAGAGUAUUGAUGAAAUUAAAUGAAUUAGUUAAACAAGAGAAAAAUUUAUAUGAACAUGAUUUGACCAAAGUAGAAUGCAAUCUAAAUGAAUUGAAAUCUAUAGUAGACAAAUGGGAGAAACCACUGAUAGAAAUUAAAUGUGAUCAAAUAAAAUUAAUCGGUGAUAUGAGGAUCACUGUUAACAGUUAUAAAAUCGAAGAAGAUGAAGAUGAUUUUCAUAGUGUUUGUGAUGAGGAGAACUGCACAUCACUGCCCACAUGUCCAGAAAUCGAAGUAUGUUUGACGAAUCGCUUAUAUUUUCCACCAUUUUCUCAAUUGUCCGACGUAAAUGAUCCUUCGUUUACGUAUUAUCAUUUCGACCAUCGUGGUGUGUGUACACCGUUUAUAUCAUGGUGCUUUGUUGGUGAAAUUAUUGAUUAUGGAUUUAUAUUUCGUCCACGCUUUAUGCUUAGAGAUAUUGACGAUAAAAAAGUGCCAGUUCAUUUUUAUAUUGAAGAACCAAUUAAGAAAGAUUUAUUACAAAAGUGUAUUGGCAAAUGUAUGCUAAUACUUUAUGGUGAACAACAUUAUUUCCUUGAUCUAUCAUGUGGAAUAAGGGUCGAAUGUCCAACAGCAGUUAAAAUUAUAUCUUGCUCAUUAAAACAAUUAUUUGAUUACGACAAAGAACGUCGCGAAAUGUUGACAGCGUCAAAAAUUAAAUGUUGUAAUCGAUUGUGUACGUCAAAUGCAACCGGAUCAUCACUGAAGAAAUGUACUGCAUGUUGUACUGUCGCCUAUUGUGGGAAAGUGAGUAUAAAACUAGAUUAAAGUCUGUCUCGUGUCAUAGUAAGAGUGGACGCUUAGUUGAUUCUUCCCAGAAUUUGACGAUAUAAGAACGAGAACGAUUUACUCAGCAGUUUGCUACAUUUUUGUAAGGGAUUGUUGUCCUUUCGAAAACAUACCACGUUUACAUCGACUUUAUCUCAACAGUUUGAAAGUAAUAGGACUAGUACAACUCGAGCUCCUGAUGACCAGUAUCACGUUUACAACAUUUUAAAACAAUAACAUCUUAGCCUUCUGGACCUGCGGAGAUCCCACUUCCCAACAAAACGCAUCUUUUCUCGGCAUCUUCAUCAUUUUUUAGCGAAAUACUUUCAUGAGCUGCGACCGUCAGAUUAGAUUCUAUAUGUGCAGCGCUGUAAAAUUCCUAACAGACAAAAUUGCUAAGCACGUUUUCAAGGGACUUUCCAAAAAAAUUCAUUUUUUCCGAAAAGUAGGCCUUUUUUGUAAACCAUAUUUGUAAUUCUAGUCUGUUUCGAAAGUGCUUGGACAAAGACAAAAACUGUUUUUCUAAUAGCCCACGUCUAGUAUAUGUGAAAUAUAUAUCGUUUCACGCCUAGCAAUCGCGUGCAAUGGUGCAUCAUAUGCUCAAACUUGGAAAAACGCCUUUAAAAGCUGUUUUUUCCAUUAUUGGAUGACUUUUAAUCGCAAUAAGAGGUAAUUCAUCGGAUGGAGCUUGAAAAGAUGCGUCGAAGGCGUAUCUUGUUGUCGUGUCGUGACAUGACUUUAUGAGGGAAAUAUG